AUGAAGAAACUACUGACAGGGAGGUUUGAGCUUGAGAAUUUGAAAGUUCGAAAGUUCGAUGUAAAAAAAAGCAAAUUACCCAUUUGUUUAUUUACAGAAGCCGCAAAUAUUGCUUGCAAAUCUGAAACCACAAAAGCAGUCGACGGAGUAUGUGCUGAUGGUAUGACUAUUAUUAAUGGAGACAACUGUUGCAGUUCUGAGGAUGUGUCUGAUGUUGAUGCACGUGCCUGUCGUUCUGAACCAAUGCCAGCUAUCGGUGGAUUAUGCCCAUAUGGAUUUAUCUUGGUCGCUGAUGAUGGAUGUUGUCCAAAUUCGGAUGCAUAUGCUAAACAGAAGUAG